ACACGCAGCUAUCAAAAGAAUUCCUGAGAUCCAGGGAGCACAACGACCAACACAAAAGGCGGAGAUCCGUCGCAUAUAUCUUGUUUCAAAGGUCAAAUAGUGUCUUUCUCUAGUUUUAUUUUUAUCCCGCUCACUUAAUAGUGCUUUAAGAGGAGUUAGUGAGUAAAGGCUUUGUAUGGCUUUGAUCGAUAUGGAUGAGUGAACAUGCAUGGGCAUUUUAUACCGUGGUAUAAAGAAUACCUUGUGUUACACCUGACCUUACUAUAUGAUGGGGGCCUAAAGCUAUCCUUAAUUUAAACACCUCUGCCAACCCAUGUUAAUAAAACCCUGUAUCCGACUUUGUUAAUAUAUUUCUAUUUCAUGGUAUAUAAAGUGCAAUAUUAGCCGCGCCAUGGCUAGCUCAGCAUGUGGAUCUGAUGGCCGUGCUGGGUGGUUUGCUGUGCUGGCUAUGUGGACCAGGCUUUUCAUCUGGUCUGCAGUCUUUAAAACCAUCGGCAUGAUGCUUCCCUUGUUACAAGACCAGUUUAAUACCACCACGGGGAUCUUGGGCUGGAUAACGUCCACCAUAGGCACCACCACUGGAUUAUUUGCAAUCACCUCGAGGCUGAUGGGUAGAUGGUUCGGUCCCGGCUACGUCAUCAUGACGUGUGGUACAAUGAUUGGUGUUUCGGUCAUCAUGGCGUCUUUUGCCACCUCGCCUAUUCACCUAGCAUGCGUGUUCAUUCUACUCACGGGUACGGGGUUCGGGAUUUCUGGUGUGCUUAUAAAAGAGGCCAUCGCCCGCCGCUUCACCACGAACUACGCCACGGCCACUGGCAUUGCACGUACAGGUGAUUCCAUCGGGCUGUUUGUGUGUGCACCCAUCGUCCAGGUAUUCAUCGAUACGUAUGGAUGGAGAGGAGCCAUGCUACUGGUGGGUGCCAUCUCUAUGCAUCUUGUGGUGUGUGGCGCCCUCGUGCUGCGAGCAGGAGCACCUUCAGCAAGCAGAUACCAAAAGCUUCCAGCAGACGAUGGAAUAUCAAAACAUCCAAGUCAACUUCCCUCUCGCUGUACCUCAUUUUAUAAGAACCUGUUCGAGAUCUUCGAUAUUCGACUUCUCUCUGAUUUCCGUUACUGGUCGGUGGCCAUCAUAGCCUGCUGCUCAAAGUUUGCUUUCCACAUGUGGCACAUUUACUUCGUUUCACAAGCGAAGUCAAAUGGAUUUUCCUUACAAGAGGCGGCAACAUUUGUAACAGUUGGAGGCGUUGGAGGUUUAAUAGCAAAACUGGUUCAGGGAUUCUUUCUUGACCGCGGAGUGAUAUCAAGUUUCCAUCUGACGGCCACCGCUGUAGCGGUUUGUUCGGUGUCGUACUGCGCAACUCCCUGGCUGACGUCAUAUUGGCCAAUGAUGACGUCAUCACUCCUGAUCUUGACAAGCUCUGGCGCCCUCAGCUGUCUUCACGACGUUCUCAGUAAGCAGGUACUCGGUGUGGAUUUACUAGUCGGAACUUUUGGUUGGAUAUAUUUUACUGCGGCCAUCUUGGAAUUCUCUCUUGGCUUUUUACCUGGUUGGCUGUUCGACACCACAGGCAGUUACACCACAGCGUUUGUUUUCAUAGGCUCCUUGCAAUUCCUUCCGAUGUUUCCUCUUCUCAUUCUCAGGUAUUAUCGAUGUUUUGAAAGAGACGCACAGGAGGAGUUAACAUGAAGCCCCAAGUAAAUGUUGUAUUUGUUUUUGCUAAGGGAAUACAUUUCGUCAGUUACUUUCUGGAUACAGCUGCAAAUGGUUUAUUAUUAUUGCAUUGCAUUAAAUUAAUUUAAUACCGAACCAAAUAAUAUUGGCAUUAGGCUAAAGAUGAUAGACGCCUUUCAGUUUGAUCAUCUUUACCGAUGUGCAUUUGUUGCACGAAAUGUAUAUGUUAAAGGAAUUUUGAAUUACAGAUAGUGUUACUUCACUUGUUUGGUAACAUUUUCAACCAACAAAUUAUCAUCAGGAAGUUUGUUAUUUUCUUAAUUAAUGGCUCAGUUAUCAUACCAAAUUGUUCCGUCUGCAAUGCUGGAAUGUUGAAUAAAACACGGGUAGCUUGCAAAAUGUAAUACAAAUCUGGAGUAUAUUGGCUGCAUAGAAUUCUACCCGAAUACUUAUCUCUGAACUAAACAAAAAGUAUUGGAGGUUAAGAGAAGAAAGUAAAACUGAUUGUUUUAAUCGGUACCAUAUUUCAUGUCUCUGUUUAGCAUGGGAAAAAAAUCUGCUCUAAAAAUUAUCAUUCUGUACAGCGCUAAUUAACACAACGUC